ACGCUGUCCCAGCCCGGCUCCUCCUGCCUCCGUCCCUCCGCUCCCCUCAGAGCCGGGGCCGGAGUGUGUGCGGCUGUUUGUCACUCUGGCAGGACACACUCCGAUGAGAAACAGCCUCUCUCUCUCUCUCUCUCUGUCUGAGCGGGACUUGUUGCUGUUGUGUCGGCUUGUGUUGUUUGCUUAGCUGCGCUCGCGGACAUUUUAAAUCAACCGGACCUCUUUACUUUUUCUUUUUUUUUCCCCUCUCUCUUGUGUUUGGUGUUUGCGAAGCGACGCCUGCUCCGGAGCGGACAGCAGUCAGACACGAGGAGUGGCGGUGUCGGUGCCAGACCUGCAGGGGAAACGCCAUGGCCCUGACUGACCCCGCUGGCGACCCGCCGUCCCUCAGCAAUGGAGGACACCAUCCUUUGAGCGCCAGCAGCAACCAGGACCCUCCGCCCGCCGCUUCCUGUCUCCCAGCUGGGAGCGACGGAAACCUGGAGGUCAGGAAACUACGGCAGGGGGCGAGCAGGCCCCCCCAGAGCAGUGGGGCGAUCAGACUGAACGGCUCUUUGGCUAACACCCCCCCUCCACCCUCCGCCGUCACAGACUCCCAGAAGCCAAACAGGCUCCACCAAAACUCUUCCCUGUCGUCGACACCUCCUCCUCCUCCUCCGCUCUGCUGCCCCCACUGCCGCUUUCACCCCCCCCUGCGCUGCUCAUGUGGACAGCCGGACUGCCCGCUCCCCCAGAGCGCCGCCCCCGUUCCAGGACCCUGCUCCAGUUCACACUCAGGUGGCGCUUCAUCCUGCCCCUGCUGCCUCUCCACCUGCUCAUACUCUCACCCACUUCCUCAUCACCAAGCCUCACCGAUGCCUCUUCAUCACCAACGCUGGCAGGAGCACCUGCAGAGCCAGAUCCACGGUCCUGGGAUCAGCCCUGCAAGGCCCUUUAGAUUCCCCAAAAGCUACUCUGAGCUGAUAGCUGAUUGGCCGGUGGUCGUGCUGGGAGUGUGCACGGUGCUCAUCGUGAUUUGUGCCCUGGUGGGAGUCCUGGUGCCUGACCUGCCUGAUUUCUCCGACCCCCUGCUGGGUUUUGAGCCUCGGGGAACAGCUAUUGGCCAACGGCUGGUCACAUGGAACAACAUGGUGAAGAACACAGGCUACAAGGCCACACUGGCCAACUAUCCCUUCAAAUACGCAGAUGAGCAAGCUAAAAGUCACCAAGAACCUCGAUGGCCAGAGGAUCACUUCGAAAGAGACAAGCGAGAGGUGGAGUGGGACUUCAGCAAAGAGUUCUUCUGUGAUAUACCGGGAGACAGUUAUUCCAGGAUGGUGUUUGCUUCGGCUGAGGGGAAAAGCUUGUGGAACAUUCAGGCCAUCAAGUCGAUGUGCAACCAGGACAUCAGCAGAGUGCGCUCCCACCGGGAUUAUCUGAACCUCUGUCAGCGCACGAACAACGUCUCCUGCUGCCCCAGUUGGACUCUGGGUAAUUACAUAGCCGUCAUGGCCAACAAGUCGUCCUGCCAGAAGAUCACAGAGCGGGACGUAUCCCACACGCUCAAGAUCCUGCGAUCGUGCGCCAAGUACUACCACAACGGCACGCUUGGGCCGGACUGCUGGGACAUGGCGCUGCGGCGCAAGGAUCAGCUGAAAUGUGGCAACGUGCCGAGGAAGUGCACCAAGUACAACGCCGUGUACCAGAUCCUCCACUUCCUGGUGGACAAAGACUUCCUGGGCUCCAAGAGCCCGGAGCACCUCCCCGUGCUCAAGUACAGCAUGCUGUUCUCCCCCACAGAGAAGGGAGAGUCCAUGAUGAACAUUUAUCUGGACAACUUUGAGAACUGGAACUCUUCCGACGGCAUCACCACGGUGACAGGGAUCGAGUUUGGAAUCAAACACGACCUUUUUCAGGACUACCUCCUUACUGACACCUUGUACCCAGCAAUCGCCAUAGUUAUAGUGCUAAUGGUCAUGUGCGUGUACACGCGCUCGGUCUUCAUCACUCUGAUGACCAUAAUCGCCAUCAUCAGUUCGCUGAUUGUGUCCUACUUCCUGUAUCGGAUGGUUUUUAACUUCGAGUUCUUCCCUUUCAUGAACCUCACCGCCCUCAUCAUCCUCGUAGGGAUCGGCGCCGAUGACGCCUUCGUGCUCUGCGACGUGUGGAACUACACCAAGUUUGAUAAACCUCACGCAGAGUUGUCCGAGACGGUCAGCGUGACCCUGCACCACGCCGCCCUCUCCAUGUUCGUCACCAGCUUCACCACUGCCGCCGCUUUCUACGCCAACUACGUCAGCAACAUCACCGCCAUCCGCUGCUUCGGGGUCUACGCCGGCACUGCCAUUUUAGUCAACUACAUCCUGAUGGUGACGUGGCUGCCUGCCGUAGUGGUGCUCCACGAGCGCUACCUGCCCAACCUGCUCACCUGUUCCAAGCCUGAACAGCAGCAGGGAGGCUGCUUCACGCAGUCCUUCUGGGCCGCUCUCUGCCACAAGAUCCACAGAGGCCUGUUCGCUAUCUCCGAGGCGUCACGGAUCUUCUUCGAGAAGGUGCUGCCCUGCAUCAUCAUCAAGCUGCGCUACCUCUGGCUCUUCUGGUUCCUCGCCAUCACGGUCGGUGGAGCUUACGUGGUUUGCGUGAACCCAAAGAUGAAGCUGCCAUCCCUGGAGCUGGCGGAGUUCCAGGUGUUCAGGUCGUCUCACCCUUUCGAGCGCUACGACGCCGAAUACAAAAAGCUUUUCAUGUUUGAGAGGGUGAAUCACGGCGAGGAUCUCCACAUGCCCAUCACCAUCAUCUGGGGGGUCACACCCGAGGACAACGGAGACCCCCUGAACCCCAAGAACAAGGGGAAGCUGAUGUUAGACAGCAGCUUCAACAUAGCAAGCCCAGCAUCUCAGCUGUGGAUCCUCAACUUCUGCCAGAAGCUGAGGAACCAGAGCUUCGUCUUUCAGUCGGAGGAUCAGGACUUCACCAGCUGCUUCAUCGAGACGUUCAAACAGUGGAUGGAGAACCAGGACUGUGAGGAGACGUCCGUCUACCCCUGCUGCAGCCAGUCCACCUUCCCCUAUAAGAAGGACGUUUUCCAGCUGUGCAUCAAGAGGGCCAUCAUGGAGCUGGACCGCAGCACCAGCUACCACCUGGACAGCAAGACGCCCGGACCUCGCUUUGACAUCAACGACACCAUCAGAGCCAUCGUCCUGGAGUUCCAGAGCACCUACCUCUUCACGCUGGCGUAUGAGAAGAUGUACCAGUUCUACCGUGAGGUGGACGCCUGGAUCACAGAGGAGCUACGCUUCGCCCCAGAGGGCCUGAGCCACGGCUGGUUCGUCAGCAACCUGGAGUUCUACGACCUCCAAGACAGCCUGUCGGGUGGCACUCUGGUUGCCAUGGCGCUGUCCGUGGCGGUGGCGUUCAGCGUCAUGUUGCUGACCACCUGGAACGUCAUCAUCAGUCUAUACGCCAUCUUUUCCAUCGCAGGGACCAUUUUCGUCACGGUGGGCUCGUUGGUCCUCCUGGGCUGGGAGCUGAACGUCCUGGAGUCCGUCACCAUAUCCGUCGCCGUGGGGUUGUCUGUGGACUUUGCCGUCCACUACGGCGUCGCAUACAGACUGGCCCCGGAGCCCGGCCGCGAGGAGAAGGUCAUCUUCUCCCUCAGCAGGAUGGGCUCCGCCAUUGCCAUGGCGGCGGUCACCACCUUUGUUGCGGGGGCGAUGAUGAUGCCAUCGACGGUUCUGGCUUACACCCAGCUGGGGACGUUCAUGAUGCUGAUUAUGUGCAUCAGCUGGGCGUUCGCCACCUUCUUCUUCCAAUGCAUGUGCUGCUGCCUCGGCCCCCAGGGGACCUGCGGCCAGAUCCCCCUCCCCAAGAGCAUGCAGUGCCAAGCCUUCAGUGAAGACACGCCCCCGAGCCCACCUGCAGAGGGGAAGUACCAGCUGGAGGGCAGGGGGGGCGAGGCAGAGCACUACGAGCUGGAGCCGCUGGCCUCCUCUCAGAAAAGCUCAGAGAAACCAGAGGAGGAGGAGGAGGAGGAGGAGCGGUGCAUCCAGCUGUGUAACGGCGCCCCCCCCCAUCCCAUCCCACAUGUUCACAGCUCUGAUUCACACCCAGAAAACAGGCGGGUCCCCACACCCAGCGCCCCAUCCAGGUGCCAGUUCCCUUACAGCUGUGCCUGUCUGGACCCGCCGCCGCCCCUCCACCUGUCGGGUCAAACCGCCGCCCUGUUGGCUCCAAACCUGGAGCCCAUCUAUCCACACAUGGACUGCUGCGUUCACUACAUCCGCUGCCCGCUCACUCACUUCCACCACUGCUCACAGGGAGGAGCGGCCGCCCCCACUCAGGGACCCAACUGCCCUCUCAGGAAGUACUGCACCCACCCAGCAUCCAAUCAGGACCCUGACCAGGCUUCAGGACCCGCCUCUGCUCCACAGACUGCUGACAAAGAAACCAGACAUUUAAAUCCUGACGCCGGUCAGAACGGGAACUCCCAACCAAACGGCCGCUGUCCCGGCCUCGCCAUCAUCAACACCGACAGCAAUAAUGGUGGUAAAGUCCCACCGAUGGACCUGGAGAGGCCUGGAAGUAUUCCCGUCACACGGGAGCAGAGCGCCGACCGGCGCAAACGGACCUCUAGGAGAGAGCGGACGUCCUCCGCCUCCCCAAAGAAACUCUCCUGCUUCAACAGGACUUUGAAAGUGAAGUGCAAUUCAGCGUCAGAGUUCCAUGUGCCUAAAAGUCAAGGCGGCGUGCCCCCUGUGGCGGUGAACACUCAGACCUUCUCUGAAAGCCUAUGCUGACAG